AUGGCUAUGAACGCCCCAAUGCAGCCCAAUUAUCCUCGCGGCUACCCUCAGGCCGCCCAGCGCUCGCCCGCCACACCUCGUCGCGGUGCUCCCAUGCCAGGUCCUGGUGUGCCUAUGCCUCCCCAUCAACAAGUAGUCCAUCCUCAGUAUAUGGCGGCGGCGGCAGCAGCAGCUCACCAACGCAAUAUGCCUCCUGUUAACGAAGCUUCUCUACGCCGCAGCCGGAAGCCCACAGACAAGAAUAUGCCAGAUGGGUUAGAAGACUUUGUUAUUGGAGAUGGGGUGCAGGAAUACAAAAGAUUGCGAGAGAUUGAGAAACGUCUAGACUCAUCUAUGGUGAGAAAGAGACUGGACAUUCAAGACUCGCUCAGUCGGUCAAUGAAGCGCUAUCGAACUCUUCGUAUUUGGAUCUCAAAUACGACCGAGAAUCAAGCAUGGCAGAAGAGCGAACAGAACGGGAAUGGUGGACCGGGAUCCGGGCGCUACAAAGUGCGAAUUGAGGGCAGACUUCUCGAUGACGAUACCGACUCAACGAUCCCCGCCGCGGACAGCGAUGAUGAAGAUGAAGAAACUAACGAAGCUUCUGCAGAGGGAGAAGAUGGCGUAAAGAACCCAAAGAAAUCAAAGGGGCAACAAAAUCAACGACAGAGACUGUCACAAUUUUUCAAAUCAAUUACGAUUGAUUUUGACAAGACGUUCAAUGCGAAAACAGACGAUGUUUCUCCUAUCACUUGGACUAAACCACAACUCCCCGGGAAUGUUGUCUCUUUACCACCCAGCGCUGACUUUGAUUCCAUCCAAUUCUCUCGAGGGGCUCAAGAGAACGUUAACAUCACCAUCAGUCUCGUUAGGGAUGAAGCACCCGAACGACUGAAGGUCAGCAAAGACUUGUCUGACAUAAUUGAUGUUGAAGAGGAAUCGAGGAGCGGCAUCAUCCUCGGUAUCUGGGAUUAUGUCCGAGCUAUGGGUCUUCAAGAAGAUCAAGAAAAGCGCCAAGUCCGCUGCGAUGCUCGGUUGAGAAAGCUUUUUGGCCGCGAUCAAGUGUUCUUUCCUCAAAUCCCUGACGUUAUCGGGAGCCAUACCUCGCCACUCGACCCUAUCAAGCUUCCAUACACGAUUCGAGUUGAUGAGGAGUUCCACAACAACCCAGCACCCACAGUCUACGAUAUCCGCGUAGCAGUCGAUGAUCCACUGCGCCAGAAGAUGCUAGCACUCACCUCAAACCCUCAAUACCCAGCGUCCCUCCGUCAGAUUAGCGUCCUAGACGACCAGCUUGCUCUCAUCAUCCAGGCGCUUAUGCACUCCAAAGCCCGCCAUUCUUUCUACACAGCGCUUAGUAAAGAUCCGGCAAACUUUGUUCGCCGUUGGCUUGGUUCUCAACGCCGAGAUCUUGAAACUAUUCUUGGAGAGGCUGUUCGUGGCGGCGGAGAAGAUGGCAGUGGGCCUGAGUUCAGACGUGGUGGUACUAACAGCGCUUGGAAUGCUCCUGUGGCCCGGGAAGCAGUUCGCUACAUGCUCGCGCGGCCGGAUAGUAGUUUGGGCGCGCAAGAUGUGUGGAUGUACUUUGAUUAA